CCCGCGCCGCGGCGGCAAGAUGGCGGCGGUAUGGCGGCGCCGGUAGCGACGACCAUGGAGGCGGAGGGCGGCCCGCUAGGCCCGGGGGAGCGCUGGGCGCCGGUGGGCGCCGUGUCGGCGGCGACGGCGGAGGAGGAGGAGGAAGACGAGGAGGAGGCGGCGGCGGCGGGGGACGGGUCGGUGCCGCGGCUGCGUGCGGAGCGGCGGCGCCUGCAGGGGGCGCUGUUGGCGCUGGCCUCGCACUUCGCGCAGGUGCAGUUCCGGCUGCGGCAGGUGGCGCGCGCCGCGCCGGCCGAGCAGCGCCGCCUCCUGCGCGAGCUGGAGGAGUUCGCCUUCCGCGCGUGCCCCGCGCCGCGCGCCCCGAGCGAGCAAGAGAAGCAGGAGCAGAUCGAGGUGCAGAAGGAGAAGCAGAGAGAGCUGAUCCUGCAGCUCAAGACGCAGCUGGAUGACCUGGAGACGUUUGCGUACCAGGAGGGCAGUUACGACUCCCUGCCACAGUCGGUGGUUAUGGAAAGACAGCGGAUGAUCAUAAAUGAGUUGAUAAAGAAGCUGGACAUGGACUUGAGCGAAGAUGUUGCAACGCUCUCUCCAGAGGAAUUGCGACAGCGUGUGGACGCUGCCAUAGCACAGAUCGUUAACCCAGCCAGGGUGAAGGAGCAGCUGGUGGAACAACUGAAGACACAGAUAAGAGACCUCGAAAUGUUCAUCAACUUCAUUCAGGAUGAAGUUGGAAGCUCUGGUAAGGCGGAAGAUGGACACUGUGAGUGUGCAGGCAGAAAAGAUGGCGGUGGCUCCUACAAACCAAAUACACGGCCUUCUGGAAAUCGAGUGAACCCGGAGGAUGCCAGGAGGAUGCGAGAAACGGGCCUGCACCUCAUGCGUCGCAUGCUUGCUGUGCUACAAAUAUUUGCUGUCAGUCAGUUUGGUUGUGCUACUGGUCAGAUUCCUCGCACCCUCUGGCAGAAGGACCAAGCCAACAAGGACUAUUCCCCCUUAAUUAAGAAACUGGAGUUGUCGGUAGAGCGGGUGAGGCAGCUGGCGAUGAAACACCAGCAGGAAGACCACGUUAUCAGUUCCUCCGAUCUGCAGGACAUUCCCUUAGGAGGCAGAGAUGAGCUGACUCUAGCUGUGCGGAAGGAGUUGACCAUCGCUUUGCGAGACCUGAUGGCUCACGGGCUCUACGCCUCUUCCCAAGGAAUGAGCCUGGUACUGGCACCCAUCGCGUGCUUGAUUCCUGCGUUCACCUCGUCGCCGCAGACCAUGCACCCCUGGGAGCUCUUUGUGAAGUAUUACAACACUAAGAAUGGGCAAGCCUUCGUGGAAUCCCCGGCUCGCAAGCUCUCCCAGUCCUUUGCCCUGCCUGUGACGGGAGGAGUGGCCAUUACCCCCAAACAGAGCCUGCUGACAGCCAUUCACACUGUGCUCACGGAGCACGACCCCUUCAAGCGCAGUGCGGACUCUGAACUGAAAGCCCUGGUGUGUAUGGCACUAAACGAGCAGCGCCUGGUCUCCUGGGUAAAUCUGAUCUGCAAAUCUGGAGCUCUGGUACAGUCCCACUACCAGCCGUGGAGCUACAUGGCAAACACAGGCUUUGAGAGCGCCCUCAACGUUCUCAGUCGCCUGAGCAACUUGAAAUUCAACCUUCCGGUUGACUUGGCUGUCCGGCAGCUGAAAAACAUCAAAGACGCUUUUUGAUGUAUUUUUGUUGUAGAUCAUCCAUUUUCCACAAAUUAGGCAGCUGUUGGGCUCAAGAAGCCUGGCUUUUUUAAGACCAAGUUUGGCUCCUAAUUGAUAUUUGCUUUUAGGGAAAUCUUAUGGUGUCUUGAUGCUGGAAAUCUGUGUUUUUACAAGACUCCCUGUGUAAAGCUGCUGGAGGUUGCGCGCUGUGCAGCACCUCGCCCUGCCCUUUGUGUGUCGCUCUGAAGAGCCAAACUGCCCCGCUGGCGAGCGGAUGCCAGUGAGCAUUCAGUGUGUGGGGCUGGCCGUCCCGAGCGCGGUGAGGCCUGGCCGCCAGCCCCAUUGAACUCGGCUCAGCUCCCGUGCCGCAUCUGUGUGGUUCCCUCUCAGAGUUCAUGGUCUAAAUGACGUGCCGACGCGACGCCUCGCGGACGAGCUGGCAGGUGCUGGCUGCCUUGGGGGGGCCGGGUCGCGAGUGACUUGCCCUCCGCAGCGUGAAUGUGUGAGAAAACGGGGGCAGAUCUGCUGAGCGCGGGCCGGGGGCUGUGCUGCUCCGGCCCCUCGGCUAUCCACAGCCCCGGCCACGUUCUGCAGGCAGCUGGGUAAGGGACUGGCGGCGGUGGCUUUGCCCAGCAAUCCCAGAGCUCCUUUUUCGAGGCUUUUGUGCAAUGAUCAGCGCCGCGGCGGCCCGGUGUUGUAGAGGGGAUGCAUUAAAUGGCUUUGGCAAGUGCGUGGGCAGAGCCCGGCCCCGUGACGUGUUAUUUGUGUUCUUCACUAACCUGCCCGCAGCGGCUUGUGGUGUUUAUAGUCGCCGUUUAAACUGGCUGCCGCUCCCGCUGGGACACGGCCUGGCUCCGCGCUGAGGAGCAGCGGGUGCCCUGCUGCGGCCUGUGCCCGGGGAGGCGGGACCCGCCCUGCCGCCGCCGCCGGG